AUGGGCUACGACGAAGAUGGCCACAACGAACUGGCCUCGGAUGUCAUUACGUACGUCGGUGUCCCGCUGGCCGUGCUGGGCGUCCUGCCCAUCCUCUACAACACCAUUGCGACCCUGGCCGCGCUGUCCAAGAUCAAACGCAUGCUCCGGCACAGCAAGCUGAAAGCCUUGACUCGAAGCGACAUUGUCAACCGGGUCAUAGAGGUCGAACUGCCCCGAUAUGCUGUCCAGCCAUGGGAUCGCUUCGACCAUCGUAACGAGUACUGGCAGCUGUCCAGGCAGCCCAGCCAGAUACCCGGGGGCACGUGGACCACCUUCAACUGGCGGACAAACAUGAUCGGCAUCAAGACCCAGCGUGUCGAGUAUGCCGACCAGCUGCGCCAGCCCCAGGUCGAGGUGGCUUUGGACCAGUUGGUCGCUUACCUGCUUGAUCUUGGCGCAAUCCCGGAUCCCCAUGGCUGGAAGCUGCUCAGAUCGACUGGUCUGUGGACUCCGAUGGGUACUGCGCUCAUGACCUCUCCGGAUGGCCAACAAAGAGCUUUGACCAUUGGCCCUCUGGACGAUUCUGACGGGCACCUGUCUCUCAAGGUUGAGUGGUCAUCCUCGUGGACGACCCGGGAUUUUGCAUCCCUGCCGCCAUACUGGGUCAAGCUCCCGGCGCCACCGCCAAAGCGGCCCAAGACAAGCAAUACGGGUGAAGCGUCAACAUCUCAAAGUACUCAUGAGCAGGAUGAGCAGGAUCAACAUGGACUGGCACAAGCAAAGAUCAAGGCAGGCUCAGUACGAGAGUCCUUGGACUCCGUGCAGAAGGAUAUCGACAAGACCAAGGCGUAUCCCAUCACUUGUGAGAUCUCGAGCAACGGCCUGAUGGCUGCUCUCAGCCAGCCAGAGAUGCCGUUCACGUCCACCGCGAAUCUUGAAAGUCUGUACGCCAACCAUCUCCGAAUCAGCCACACGGCAACCAACGGUGUGUGGUUCGCCAGCACUGCCACGGCUUAUGGCACUUCGUCUCAGACGAUCCUUUGGAACUACAAGAUUCCCGACGACAUCCUCAACUUUGCUCGUCGUGACACGGUGCCAUGCGGCAUCCUCGUACUCCUGGACAUUGUUGAUUUGGCAGACACCCCCGAGUGGGCUACUGCUUACGAUAACGGACUGGAGCGGCACGAGCUCUUCGUGAGGCGGACGUCGGAGCAGCGUGCCGCAAUGGCUGCGGAGGCCAGAAUGUCGCCGGCCGAGCGGCAGAUCGCUGCCUCGAACCGACAACGCAGGGAGAUGGAGCAACGGAUGAACGAUAUGAGGGACGAGCAACGACAAGCACAGCAGCGCCGGGACGCACGCUUCCUGGAGGCCCUGCAGAGCCCCAAGUGGGAAACGGGGCUGGUGGCGGACCGCUGCCUUAAAGUUCUGAAGCGGCGCUCCCUCUUCGAGGAGGAUGUGGAACUCCGCGACGCUGCCGGCAUGAUACUCCAUCGCAUGGUGCUCGACGGAGAGUUCACGACCUCGAUGGUCAAGAUUCUUGAUCUGUGGAAGGCAUGGGCGGACAACGGCGGCAUGCGCAGGUCUGACUAUGAGGCGAUUUCCGGUUCGAUCGAGAUUUUCGCGCAGGCGACGCUCAUGGUGGCCAUGAUCAAAGGCACUGUGACGGCUCAUGAAGGCACGCUGUCGAUGGACCUGCAGGAAUGCAUGCGGAUGUGGAAGAUGGUGAGGUUAGGAUAA